CCCAUGUUCCGACACCUCAAGAACACUUAUUCGGGGCUUCAGCUCAUCAUUGUCAUCCUGCCCGGGAAAACGCCGGUGUAUGCGGAGGUGAAGCGUGUGGGAGAUACGUUGUUGGGGAUGGCCACACAGUGUGUUCAAGUCAAGAACGUCAUUAAAACAUCUCCGCAGACGCUAUCAAAUCUGUGCCUGAAGAUUAAUGUUAAACUAGGAGGAAUCAACAACAUCCUUGUACCUCAUCAACGACCUUCUGUGUUCCAGCAGCCAGUGAUCUUUUUGGGAGCCGAUGUCACUCACCCUCCUGCUGGGGAUGGAAAGAAGCCGUCCAUAGCUGCUGUUGUAGGUAGUAUGGAUGCUCAUCCAAGCCGGUACUGUGCCACGGUGAGAGUUCAGCGACCCCGGCAGGAAAUCAUCCAAGAUCUGGCCUCCAUGGUGAGAGAGCUUCUCAUCCAGUUCUACAAGUCAACACGGUUCAAGCCCACACGUAUCAUCUUCUACAGGGACGGGGUCUCUGAAGGGCAGUUUCGACAGGUUUUGUAUUAUGAGCUGCUAGCCAUUAGAGAAGCCUGCAUCAGCCUGGAGAAGGAUUACCAGCCGGGAAUAACCUACAUCGUCGUGCAGAAGCGACAUCACACGCGCUUGUUCUGUGCUGACAGAACAGAAAGGGUCGGACGAAGCGGCAAUAUUCCAGCUGGAACGACUGUAGAUACAGACAUCACACAUCCAUAUGAGUUUGAUUUUUACCUCUGUAGCCAUGCUGGAAUACAGGGUACCAGCCGUCCCUCACACUAUCAUGUUUUGUGGGACGAUAACUGUUUCACUGCAGAUGAACUUCAGCUGCUGACUUACCAGCUCUGCCACACGUAUGUGCGCUGUACACGAUCCGUUUCUAUACCUGCACCAGCGUAUUAUGCUCACUUGGUAGCAUUUAGAGCACGAUACCAUCUUGUGGACAAAGAACAUGACAGUGCUGAAGGCAGCCACGUUUCAGGACAGAGCAAUGGCAGAGAUCCGCAGGCCCUCGCGAAGGCUGUACAAAUUCACCAAGACACCUUACGCACGAUGUACUUCGCUUAAGUCAAUAACCGGGAGCAUACUCGCUGCAAGGAAGAACUGCACAACGAAGCCACAUCCGCUGUAUGUUUCCGGUGGGGUUGGUUGAUGGGCUGUGCCUCCGAUCGGGCUCACGUCGACACUGUGUGCAGGGGCGAGAGGCUGACCCUUAAAUUGACACAAGGAAGAUUGUUUACUUCAUCGAGGAACACGGCACUAUUAUGCAAUAUGAAACCAGCCAACUGCUUUUUUGGCAUGGAAGCACCGCCAUCAUUUUAUUUUAUUUUUUUUUUUUUAAUUUCUCGUAGUUUAACCCUCUUAUGCCUUUACCUCAAGUUGCUCGGCAGCACAACUAUCUCAGCAAAAAAAAAAUAAAUUUAAAAAUGGAUGGGGUAACUUAAGAAAAAAGCAAACCACCUUUUAUAGGAACAAUCAAUAAUCAUUUGGGGGAGGGAAGUGUGCAAAAAAAAAAUUUAAUUUUUUUACCCCACUGCAUUGAGGAAUCUUGCUCUCGAUAUUGCCAUCAAGCAUUCGAAUCUGAGCAUAUCCGAGUACAUUUGAAUGUGCAGCACUAAGCAGAAAAAAUUGAGGGGGCGAAGAUGUUUUGCACGCUAAUCCGAUAAUUGGAACCUAAUUUAGCCAACUGCUGCCUUCGUGUCGUUCUUCACAGCUUUGGAGCUCUGGGCUCCAGCAGUUCCCUUUCCGAAAGCAGAGAAGCCAGUGGGGGUACGUGCAGGCAGUAGGGAUCCAAACUCUUCUUGCUCCCUGGUGAAGUUACUAAAGCUGCUGGUUUACGUAGUCCAAAAGUUUCAAUUCUUUUCUAUCUGGCAAGUCAAAUACGUCGAAGCUUCAGUGUGAUCGGUCGUCCCGAGUUUGAUGGGAUGACACGUAGUAACCACCAGAACUGAAACUUUAGAGCUAAGGCUUUUUUGGGGAAAAAAAAAAAAAAAAAGAAAAAUGCUAGUUUACUUGCUGCCUCUCACACCUUAAUGUGAUUUCAUAUGUAUGUGUUUUUGAAGUUUAGCUUCCUUUUGUUUCUUUUGUAUUUAUUAGAGUAAUAAUAAUGCUUUAAUUUAAUUAUUACAGAACAUAUGGUCAACAUCAACUUUUAUUUUUUAGAAAUGUAACCGUGUUUAUUUUUUACAAACUGACAACUUGUUUUGCUAUCUUUUAGUGCAAUAAGCGUUCUAAAGACAAACUGUGUCCAUUGAGCUGUACUGAAGCAGUGUUUGUACCACUAACUGUGGAAGAAUGGACACCUCCAUGAUUUUAAAAGGACAAAGUAAAAGCCUUAAUUUUGAAAGGAAAGUUUUAUAGUCAGAAGGAAUCUUAACUUUUCCUUUUUUAAAUCAAAAAAAAAUAGCAAAAAUGCUUCUAGAAUUCAAGCUUUACUUGUCACUGCAGUAUUUUGAUUUAACAAAGGAACUGGCCUUAUUUUUGGCUUUGAAACGUGGAGGAUAUUUGAAUUAAACGGAAAGGGUUUUUUAUUGAGAUCUAAGUUUUUACAUGCUUAGUUAAAUCUAUGUGACACCAGUAAAUGUCUGGAACUAAUAAA